CAGAGUUCAUCUGCUUCCCCAUUCCCAUGUGUCAGAUCGAGCUUGUCUUCCACAUUUAGGCUUUGAGAGAGAAUUAGCACUCCUUCGUUUCUCCAACAAGUUCAGUCCAAUAUCUUGACGCAUAUGUCUAGAAGCCUGGAGGAUUUAUAUUAGCCCACAGUUUACCAAGUACUAUCAAGGACUCUUUUUAACUAUUUUCUGGAAGAGAAUAGAGGUAGGAAGGCAAUCAAGGGCUUUGAGAUGGCAAGAAUUAUGAGGAGUUGCCUGCAAUCACUGAUGAAGUGGGUGAACUAUGUGGUGGGGAUGGUUGGGGUGGCCAUGAUCUUGUAUGGCUUUUGGAUGGUCAGAGUUUGGCAGAGGGACAGAGAUUCAGGCUCCACUUUUUACUCUACUGCUCCUUGGUUCAUCUAUGCUUUUCUUGGGAUGGGAGUGAUCUUGUGCCUUAUAACAUGGAUUGGUCGCGUUGCAGCUGACACUGCAAAUGGCUGUUGCCUUUCUUGUUACAUGUUCAUCAUGUGUUUGCUCAUCCUGAUUGAAAUCAUGGUGACUGCAGAUGUACUCCUGAAUUCUGACUGGGAAAAGGACUUACCUGAAGAUCCAACCGGAAGGUUUUCCGAUUUUGAGGAUUUUGUGAAGUCAAACUAUGAUGUCUUCAAGUGGAUAGGAUUGCUAAUACUCCUAGCACAGGGACUGUCCAUCCUGUUGACCGUGGUGCUUAGAACACCCAGGCCGCGCCGGGGACCCGACUUCGACGACGAUGACGAGUACCCUCAGACGAAGCUUCCGCUCCUGGGUCAUGCACCUCCGCCACCUCCGUACGCUGUCGCGCCACCGGCUUUUGCCUCGGUUAAAUAGCUCUAAAAGCUUUGAACAGAUAAAUAUGAUGGCCACAGUUCGAGCUCUCUCCCUAUUCAUAUGCAAUAGGUGUUGUGCGUGCUGUCUUUUCUGCUAGAAGCAGGAGACAUGUUUGUGGGUUAUAUAUAUGCUUUGUCGUGUCAUGUAUGUCUAAUGUUUUGGAAAAUAUCGCAAGAUACAAUCCUUAUCUUCACUACUAAUCUUGACAAGUAGUUUCCUCU